CCAUUCUCAAUUGGGGUUUUAUUUUGAAAAUUCCCACCGGCCGCAGGACAUUGGUGCUGCUAAUAUGAUCGUUUCUGACUCGCUUGUGAUUCAUGUUUUGUUAGCUAUCUAGCAAGCAGAUGUCGAGUGGUUGAACUUAUUUUCAGAUGAAUAUAUGUGCAUAAAACGGUUCAGACGCCACUCCUAGUAAGAGGGGAGGAUGGCACACCAACGCACCCCACCUGAGGCGUCCCAGACAACAGGGCACCAGGAUUCUGAUAAUGAGUCCGACAGGGACUCUGGUGUUGGGGAGGAUGCAGGAGAGGAUGCUGACAGUUGCCAUGGCGGCACGGCAACAGACGACAUUAAUAAGCAAGAUGGCAUGGAAGAAAACAGUGGAGAGGGAGAAGAUUUUACUGUCUUUGUUGCCUUCCAAGGAAAUAUGGAUGAUGAAGACUUUACUCAAAAGCUUGACACUGUCCUCAGUGGGAUACCUGACAUGCUUGAUAUGGGUUCUGAAAGGCUACAGCUUCAGCAUGUGGAGCCAUGGAACAGUGUGCGGGUUACCUUCAACAUUCCUCGGGAUGCUGCUGAGCGACUCAGACUGUUGGCCCAGAACAACCAACAGCAGCUGAGAGACCUGGGGAUUCUCUCUGUGCAGAUAGAAGGGGAAGGAGCCAUCAAUGUGGCUGUGGGACCAAACAGAGGACAAGAAGUCAGAGUAAAUGGACCAAUUGGGGCACCUGGCCAGAUGAGAAUGGACGUGGGCUUUCCGGGUCAACCUGGUCCAGGUAGCGGGGUAAGGAUGGCUAAUCCAUCGAUGGUUCCCCCUGGCCCUGGAAUGGUAGGUCAGACUAUGUUACCAGGCAGUAGUGGACAGAUGCAUCCUCGUGUUCAGAGACCAUCUUCACAAGCAGAUGUGAUGGAUCCAAUGAUGCCAGGUAUGUCAGUUCAACAGCAACAACAGCUUCAGCACCAACAGGCUGGCCCACAUGGCUCAGGCCCCAUGCCUCCUCAAGCUGCCCAUCACAUGCAGGCUCUUCAGGCUGGGAGACAGCUCAACCCUGCAGCACUGCAGCAGCUACAACAACAGCAUCACCAACAGCAACAGGCUCAGCAGCAAGCUCAGCUCUCUCAACUUGGACCUAGACCUUCAUUUAACCCAUCAGGUCAGAUGGCUGUGCCUCCUGGCUGGAAUCAGUUGUCCUCAGGUGUCCUCCAGCCACCAGCUGCCCAAGGAGGCCCUGCUUGGAGAAAGCCCCCACCCCAAGCCCAAAUGGUUCCACGCCCACCCUCCCUUGCUACAGUUCAGACCCCCAAUCAUCCUCCGCCCCCUUAUCCAUUUGGCAGCCAGCAGGCUGGGCAGGUAUUCAAUGCCAUGGGACAAGGACAAUUACAGCAGCAACAGCAGACAGCAAUGGGUCAGUUUGCUGCCCCCCAGCCUAAAGGUCAGCAGACAGGCCCUGGUGGUGUCACAGGACCACCCAGACCCCCUCCACCCCUUCCACAAACUUCUGGACCGCAAGGCAACCUUACUGCCAAAUCCCCUGGCUCGUCCUCAUCUCCCUUUCAGCAGAGUUCACCAGGGACACCUCCUAUGAUGGCUCAGAGACCUACAACACCACAGGGUUUUCCGCAAGGUGUUGGUUCACCAGGAAGAGCAGCCCUUGGCCAACAGGGUAACAUGCAACAAGGAUUCAUGGGAAUGCCCCAGCAUGGACAGCCUGGGGCCCAAGUCCAUCCAGGCAUGCAAAAGCGUCCCAUGGGCUUUCCAAACCCAAACUUUGUUCAAGGUCAGGUGAGUGCCAGCACUCCAGGAACCCCUGGUGGAGGAACCACUCAGCAGCUACAGAGCAGCCAAGCAAUGACUCACACAGGACCUCAGCCAUCAGCCUCCACACCCAACUCAAUGCAGGGACCACCCCAUGCUCAACCUAAUGUUAUGGGUGUACAAAGUAGCAUGGCAGGUCCACCCCCUGGUACAACAGCUGGGCCUAGUAUGGGCCAGCAACAGGCUGGCCUCCAGACCCAGAUGAUGGGCCUCCAGCAUCAGGCCCAGCCUGUGUCCUCCUCCCCCAGCCAGAUGGUUCAAGGCCAGGGUGGUGGUCAGACUGUUCUCUCAAGGCCACUGAGUCAAGGGCAGAGAGGAGGGAUGACCCCACCCAAGCAGAUGAUGCCUCAGCAAGGCCAGGGGGUGAUGCAUGGGCAGGGUCAGAUGGUUGGAGGCCAAGGGCACCAGGCCAUGCUCCUGCAGCAGCAACAGCAGCAACAACAACAACAGCAACAACAAAACUCUAUGAUGGAACAAAUGGUUGCUAACCAGAUGCAAGGCAACAAGCAGGCAUUUGGAGGCAAGAUUCCAGCUGGGGUUAUGCCUGGCCAGAUGAUGCGAGGGCCUUCUCCUAAUGUCCCAGGGAACAUGGCCCAGUUCCAGGGCCAGGUUGGCCCACAGCAGAUGACCCCUCAGCAGCAACAGCAAAUGGCUCAGCUUCAGCAACAGCAGUUACAACAGCAGCAACAGCACCAGCUGCAGCAGCAACAGUUACAACAGCAACAACAACAGCAACAACAACAUCAACAGAUGAACCAGCAACAGCCCCAGCAAGUUCCUAUUGCUGGCAAUCCUAAUCAAGCUAUGGGCAUGCAUGGGCAACAGAUGAGACUCCCUGCUGGUCAUCCGCUUAUCCAGCAACAGUUGCAACAGCAGCAGUUACAGCAGCAACAAAAACAACAACAGCAGGUCAUGUUGCAACAGCAACAACAACAGGCAGCUCAGCAACACCCACAUGCAUUGGCAGAUCCAAAUGGUGGUACAGGGGAUUUGGGGGUCCAACAAAUGGUCCCUGAGAUGCAGGCACAACAGCAACAAGGCAUGAUGGCAGGCCCCCAGCACAUGCAAAUGGGAAACGGGCACUUUGCAGGACAUGGCAUGAACUUUAACUCGCAGUUCCCGGGUCAGAUGCAAAUUGGGGGACCCUGUGGACAGCCCGGCGGCUUUCCCGUCAGUAAGGAUGUUACACUGACUAGCCCACUGCUAGUCAAUCUACUGCAGAGUGAUAUCUCAGCCAGCCAGUUUGGACCAGGAGGAAAACAGGGAACAGGUGGGGGAAAUCCAGCCAAGCCCAAAAAGAAAAAGCCAGCACGAAAGAAGAAGCCCAAAGAGGGGGAGGGACAACAGCAAGUGGAGGGACUUGGUGGUCUUGAUGUGACUGCUGGCAUGGAGGAUUCUGAACUGCCAAAUCUAGGUGGUGAACAGGGUUUGGGCUUAGACAGCUCAGGCCAGAAACUCCCUGAUUUUGCUAACAGGCCUGCAGGCUUUGCUGGCCAACCUGGAGACCAGAGGGUAUUGCAGCAGGUACCCAUGCAAUUUAUGCAACAACAGCAGCAGCAACAACAACAGCAGCAACAACAACAACAACAACAACAGCAGCAACAACAACAACAGCAACAACAACAACAACAGCAGCAGCAGCAACAACAACAACAGUUGCAGCACAUGCAACAGCAACAGAUACAGCAGCAGCAAAUGCAGCAUCAGCAGCAAAUACAACAACAAAUGCAACAGCAGCAAAUACAGCAACAGCAGCAACAACAAUUACAACAACAGCAAUUGCAGCAGCAGCAGAUGCAACAGAUGCAGAUGCAGGGUCUCCAGAAUUCUCAAGGGCAGCAGGGGAUGACAGUUCCACAGCCUGCAGGUCAAGGCCAGCCCCAGAUGCAUCCUCAUCAGCUGCAACAGCAGCAGCAAACUCAACAGCCACACCUGCAACAGCAGCAACAACAGCAGAUGAUGAUGAUGCUGAAGAUGCAGCAAGAGCAGGCAAAGAAUCGCAUGCCCAUACCUCCAGGAGGGCAGCUCCCUCCCCGGGGCGUGGGCAAUCAAUCAGAGGUGCAAAGACAUCCUGUUUCACAGCAAGGCAACAUGCCUGUAAUGAUAAGCCUCCAAGCACAUGGAGGAGUACCGCCAUCACCUGACAAAGCCAGAGGGAUGCCUCUGAUGGUGAACCCACAGAUUGCAGGACCUGCACGAAGAAUGUCUCAUCCUGAUGUGGGGCAGGGGCCCCAAGUCACUGUCUCUGAAGAGGGCCCUACAGGUGCCCACUCAAAGCAGGACAGGCCUGGUGGUCCAGAAAUAGGGGUGCAGCCUGGAAAUGGCGCCCAGCAGAUUAUGGCUAGUCAGGGCUCCAACACUCACAUGAUGAAACAAGGCCCUGGUCCAACACAAAUGCCCCAACACACUGGAGCCAGUCCUCAACAACAGUUACCCACUCAGUCUCAACAAGGAGGCCCAAUGCCUGGUCUUCAUUUCCCUAAUGUCCCCACAACUUCACAGAGCUCAAGACCUAAAACCCCAAACAGAGCCAGUCCCAGACCAUACCACCAUCCUCUCACCCCAACUAAUCGCCCACCCAGUACUGAGCCCUCUGAAAUUAAUCUUUCACCUGAGAGACUAAAUGCCUCUAUUGCAGGGCUGUUUCCUCCAAAAAUCAACAUUCCUUUGCCUCCGAGACAGCCAAACUUAAACAGGGGAUUUGACCAGCAAGGUCUUAACCCAACAACUCUGAAAGCCAUCGGGCAGGCCCCCCCAAAUUUAACUCUACCAGGCAACAACAACAAUGGCCUUGCAGGUGGAAAUACCGCUAACAAUAGUCAGCAGGCUUUCUCUGCUGGCGCUGGUGCAGGGGCUGCAGUUGCUAAACAGGAUAAACAGCCUGGAGGGCAAGGCAAGAGGGCAAGUCCUAGCAAUAGUCGGAGGUCAAGCCCAGCCUCUAGCCGCAAGUCAGCCACACCAAGUCCAGGAAGACAAAAGGGGACAAAAAUGGCUAUCACUUGCCCUCCCCACCAGCAGCAGUUGGUCAACCCUCAGGGGCAAACAAUGAUGCUGAGCCCUACCUCAGUACCUCCAAGUCCAGUAUCUAUGCCUUCGCAAGUAAGUGUGGGCAUGGAGGCCCAACAGACCCAGAGCACCCUCCAUGGGAUUCAAAGUAACCCUCCUGAUGGAAUCAGGGAAAGUCAGGGAAUGCUGACAGCAGAGCAGCGGCAGAUGCCCCAGCCUCAACCCCAGCCACAACCUUUGAGGGAGUUGUCAGCUCCCAGAAUGGCAAGUCCUCGUCUACCCGUGCCACAACAGCCUAAACCUGACAUGGACCUGCAGGCUGGCACAGGGGAUAGGCAACCAUCACAGCUAGCACCUGUGCAGGAGUCUGAGGUGUCACCUGCUGUUAGAGCACCGCCAACCUCCCUUAACCAGUUACUGGAUAACACAGGUGUUCCAAACAUGCCUCUUCGCCCCAUGCAGAGUAGUACUGUUAGGGAGGUCAUGGGAAAGGACAGUUCCAAGUCUGCUUUGGAUUCAGACAGACCAGUUCACAAUAACUCUCAGAGUACAGAUGUAUCAGCGCCAGUCGCUACUACUGCCAAUAUAAGUGAAACACAAGCUAAACCCAAACCUCCUGUCCCAGUCCCUACCAGCAGUCCUAACUCGCAGCUUGCUUCAACUCCCAGCUCACAGCCUCCCACUAACUUGAACUCAAAUAAUACUUCCAGUCUUAACCAAAACCCCAUCUCCAGUCUUGGUGUGAAUCCCACUCCAAAUGUAAAUCCAUCACCUACUCUUUGCAGCACUGUCAGUUCUAACACUAUUUCCACCCCAAGUGUAAACCCCAACCCAGUCACUUCCGGACAGAACAGUUCUGCUUCAACUGUGAGUACCAGUUCUAACUCCAGCUCUGCUGUAAACCCAGCCAGUUCGACUGUAAAAGCAAGCCCUAGUCCUAAACCAGUGGCAAAUGUUCAUUCAGUCAUCCAGAUCCCUGCCUCUUCUAGCACCAUUUCACCCAGCCAGAUCACUGUAUUUGUCACCUCAAACCCCAUCACUUCUGCCCCAACUUCACAGGCACCCACAUCUAUGGUUUCCACCAUGGUGGCUGUCCCUAACAAGAACAUUAGACCUCAGGACAUCCGGCAGCAGAGCCCUGCCCCCCGGCCUCAGUUCAUCACCACCACCCCUGUAUUUAUCAAUCCAAUUUUUCAAGUCCCAAGUGCAUCUGUGGCUCCUAAUACAACAGUGGUAUCACAGGCAGUGACUAUGGUUGGGUCUAUCCAAGUGUCCACUACAAACAUCCAACUAUCUCCUGCACCAAGCUCCACCCAGUCCUCAGUGGCUACCAUGGCCAGCACUCAGGCUGCCAGGAGUGCUGUUGGACAGGUCCAGAUUGCUACAAGUAUGUCCUCGUCAACCCCAGUUGGUACUCUCCUUAAUCCUCAGCAGAUGAACCCAGGGGCUGUUAAAACUGAAAAUCCUGGUGAGACAGCUUCUACUCAGAAAUCUGCUCUCCCAGUUCGGCAACCAUCUCCACAUCCAAGCCCUUCAGCAGCAUCUCCCUUUCAGGCACCUCUUGUUUCUCCUCCCUGCUCUAGUCCUGGAGCUGUUACCACCAUGCGGAAAAGCCCCAUGUCUCCAUCUCCCUCUGCCCAGGGGAAAAGUAAGCCUGCACAGCCUGCUGCUGCAGUUUCUGGUACAGCGGACUCCCAGCAAAGCCCCAUAGAAAGGCCUGCACAGAGUCAUACAGGACCUGUACCGCCACAGACCUUUAAUCCUCCUGCAAGUACGGGGAUUCAGAUUGAAGCACAAGCUCCCCACACUACUGUUGUUGCUCCUAACAACAUUACUCUGCCUGUAGUCUCCUCUCCAGUUCCAGUCUCAGGCCAAGUUACUGCUGCUACUCAGAUUCUUGGCCAGGCUCCAGUGAUUGCACCAGCUUCUGUCUCAAGCCCAGCACAGGCAGUAAUGUCUCAAGCGCCUGUUGUCACUGUAGUUGAUACUACCACUGGUGUCUCUUCUUCUACUUUGCUCUCCACGGCCACUCCUGUACAAAGUCCUGUACCGUCCAUUGUUCCAAUUGUUGCUGCACCUGGACCUGCUCAGGAUGCUCCCCUCACCACAUCCUCUCCAGCUGCUAAUGCCAGUGGAGUUUCACCAGGCCAGUCUGAGCCCCCAGCUGUAGAGCCAUCCAUGCAACCAGCUAAAGCACCUGCUGAAAGCACUCAGACUACCAUAGCACCUAAUCAGCAAGAAGUACCACAGUCCCAGGAACCUGUUGCAACUGAGAAGACGAGUGAAGAGGUCCCAACAGGUUCUGAGCAGGGAUGGGCAAAGAAAAGAAAGACGCCCAUCAACUUAGUCCCAAGAGCUGCUGUGGAGAAGCCCAAAGGGCCAAGCAGACGAAGCUCCCGGGCAGAGAAAGAGGUAGAGGAGGAGCCAGUGGUGGACAGCGGCAUUAGGAAGAGAUCGGCCAGGCCUGGAACCAGUGCUGCCGUAAAAGAAACUGGAGCAAGCCCCACCCAGGCCAAACGAAGGAAAUCUAAAUAGGCACCACUGUAGUCGUGGUAACCUGUGAACUGUACUGUAAAUGAUUUGUUUCCCUGCUGUGAAUCAGUUGGUAUUGGUUUCUCUGACCCAGAUUAUGAAUUUGUACUGGAAAAAAGAAAUCAUGUACAGGUUGUGGUCAAAAGAAUUAUGCUCUUGUUUUGUCCAUGCUAUUAUGUGAGAUUGUAGCUAGAAUGUGUGCAUACAGUUUGUGUGGAUGUGCUUUUUAUAUUAAAUGCUGGAUUAAUCAUGUGAAGACUGAUAAUGGAGCUUGUCAUGACUGUAUAAUUAUGUUGUAAAACUGAAUUAAAUUUUCUACUGCUUUUCUUCUGUGAAA